AUGAAAGGAAUUCUGACAGGGGUUAUGAGAACCGAAGAAAGGAUAUGUUUCAACGAAUCAGAAAGGAAAGGUUUCAAAGCAGGUCAUUUGAGAGCCAUUUGUGGAGUUGAAGAUCAUCAUUCUGAUUUGGAGAUUUGGAGAUUUGGAGGUAAUCCAGGAAAGGAUCAACACGACGGAAACGUUCUGCACUCCAUAACUGCCACAACCUCCCACCUUAGCAACUACGAUGUAGGAAAUGAACCAUAUCGAUGUUAUGCUGGGGAAAUUGUCAACAACCUUUCUUACAUCAUGUUCUUACUCAGGAAAUGGCAACAACAAUCUGAAAACAUACAAUUAGCCAUCGUCCUGGUCAUAUUCAGUAUCACCAUGUUAGGUGUUUUUUGUUUGUUUGGGAAAUUACAAUUAGACGUGGGACCACUUAUAAAAGCUGAAAUUCAAAAGGAUCAUAAUUGA